AUGUAUAUCUUUAUUGCUGCUUUGUUGUUCAACUCUAUCCUUUUCAGUUCUUCGAUCUACCAAAAGCUUCUGAUUGACUUCUUAUCGGAGAAGCAGAUUCUGUCUUAUGAGGCUUGUCUCAUUCAGGCAUUUGCUUUUUACACUCUAAGCUGUUCAGAGUACUUGCUGUUAGCAGCCAUGGCUUUUGACAGGUUUGUGUCGAUAUGUAAACCUCUGCAAUAUCACAUGAUCAUGAAAAAAGGAACAGUGAGUGUUUUCCUCGUUCUGGCUUGGUUUGUGCCUGCUUGCCACACCGUUGUGCCCUUUAUUGGAAAUGCCAAUUCCAAGCUCUGCAGCUUCACUUUGAAAGGCAUUUCUUGCAACAAUUCAGUGAAUCAACUUUUCUGCAUGGCUUCAAAAGCCUUGUUGACGUACGGCCUUGUUGUUUUUAUUAACGUUGCUGUUUUUCCGAUGGUUUUCAUACUCUUCACUUACACAGUUAUAUUUAUAGUGGCCUAUAGAAGCUGUGGGGAAGUGAGGAAAAAAGCUGCACAGACGUGUUUACCGCACCUGCUGGUUUUAAUCAACUACUCCUUCCUCUUCUUAAUCCAGUCAUUUACGGGCUGA